AUGGUGUUGGAAUCUUUCCAUGAAAAGAUCGAGAAAAUUGGAUUUGGAGUGAAGAUCACAAGUUUAAGUCGAUCACGCUCAAUUGCCCUGAAAAAUGGCGUAAAAACGGCUCUGACGAUCGAAUUUCUCUGCGGGGAACUUGAUCAGGGUCACGAUCGCGUCUGCCAUCGAGCAGAAAGUCAAUGGGUGCUGGCGCUGGCAAACGAGGCGCGUCACAGAGACGCUGACCUGCAUGCCCUUCUCGGAGCUGCAGAGCGUAUCAAAUUUCACGUGAUUGCUCUGCAGAAGAGCGAGUGCAGAAGGAGCGACGUACGACAGAUGAAUGACGGCACACUCGUCAUUCGUGGAGAGAAGGUUCCGUCGCGAAAUGUAGGCGGUGUUGGUUUUGUUGUGCACCCAUCUGUCGUCCAUCUCGUCGAUUCUCACGAGAUCCUGUCACCUUAUCUGGCCAUUCUUCGCCUCCGCCCUCUGCGCCAAAAAUCCAUCAGUAUCAUCAACUGCUACUCACCAACAUCAGCAGCUGAUGAAUCAGAAUUGUACGCGUUUCACGAGGAGCUGGAGGAAGUACUCCGCAACGAGAAGUCCUUCUACAACACUCAACGCAAAACUAGGAAAGGCCACAGAAGAGGAAUACAGGAUUGGAAGAUUUGGACUUGGGGACCGGAAUGA